CUUCAGCCUCGCUGCGUUCUCGACACCUUUCGCACACCCUGGCUUCGCUGCCUGCGCUUGCAGACCUCGUUGCUUGUCAUCACUCACCACCUCACCAUCAUCAACAUCAAGCAUAGCCAUGGAGGGCUAUAAUAACUGGGCUCUCGGAGUUGCGCCCCCACCUCCGCAUCACUCCUCCCAUCAUCAGCACCAUCAAGGACACCCUCACGCACAACACCCUCAACAUGGCGGUCAUCAGAACUAUGCUCUUGAUGCUGGCCAGCAGGAGAUCGCGCAGGCGCGAAGUGCUAUGAUCGAAUCCGUUGCCCACAUUUCGUCUUCUCUGCGAGCCGCUGCAACGCAGUGCGACUCGUUCGUCAAGAUUGUGGCCAAGCAUCACCCGACGUCUGCAGCAGCUGCCAUCGCCAACAUGGGCAAUGAGUUCCUGGCUCUCGCUAGCAGUGCUGGCGCAGGUGCACUGGCAGCUCAGACUGGUCUUAAUGCUUCUGGUGUUUCUGGCCAGUCUGCUGCACCUCCCACAACGCCCGGUCCAGGCCAUGGAGGACGCAGACCUCUUAGCAAAGAAGAAAAGGCAGAAGCCCGCAAGUUGCGCAAAGCAAACCGUGAUCCGAAGGCGCCCAAGAGACCUCCCAGCGCAUAUCUGCUGUUCCAAAACGAGGUUCGAGAUGACAUGCGAAAGAGGCACCCUGAGCUCACUUACGCUGAGAUCUUGAGCAAGAUCAGCGAGGCUUGGAAGGCAUUGACAGACAACCAGCGCCAAGUAUACCACGAUAAGACCGUCGAAGCGAUGGCUCGUUGGGGAGUGGAGAAGAAAGCUCACGCGGGCGACACGUCGGGCGCACCUGAGUCUUUCGGCGCUGAGUAUGGUACUGGUGAGAAUGGCUACGGCGGAGACGACGCAGCUCAGGCAGCAUCCCAAGCCGUUGGUGGCAUGGACUGGAGCUCUGUGCCCACCUCUGCGCUGUCUGGUGAACAGAUCUCAUCCAAGAAACGAAGCAAAGAGGAGAAGCAGGCGAAAAAGGAAGCGAGGAAACAGAGCAAGAUGCACAAGGUCUGAAAUCUGCGCUGCUCUUCACCUAGCCGAGCAAAUACCUUGCAAAGGACCAGACUGUUUUGUGCAAGACUGUGCUGCUACUGUUCUGUUUUGUUUCUCGGAACUCAUGAGACGACAG